GAGGACCCUCCUGCGGAGAAGCCCGCGCCGAAGGCCGAGCCGUCUGCCAAGCGGCGUUCGGAGCCCGAGGCUGGGCCUCCCACGUUUGAGCGGGAGGAGAACGACCCGCAGGAGCCCUCGUCGCCCUCGGACGCCUGCAGGCCGUCGUACACCGCGACCAAGGCCGGGCAGCGCCAGGCGGAGGAGAUGCUGAAGAGCUACGCUUGCUUCGGACCGGCCGACGUGCUGAACAUGCCCCACGACCCGAGUCUUCGUUGGAGACCACAGGAGAUGUCGGCCACGGGAGGCUUCCGGAGCUCAGCCGCCUUCGACAAGGCCAGCGUCUCCGCCAGGAAGGUAUGCAAGCUCACGUACCACCGGGUCCUGAGCCCUCCACCGAUCUACAGGCACUUCCUGGAGAAGACGCUGGACCCGAUUGAUGCCGACCGGAAG